AUGGAUGAUCAAGUAGCACAACCUACAAGUCUGGGAGUAAGCGCGGUUAAUAUAAGCUCGCGCAUGGAAGAAGAUUGCGAUGGUGUCGAAGCUGGUGAAUAUUCUAUCGUUUAUGGCACGCCAGAAGCGUGGAUACUGAACCCUCGAUGGAGAAAUAUGCUUGAUAGUAAAGUUUAUUCGACAAGAUUAUGUGCUCUAGCAGUGGAUGAGGCCCAUGUUAUCAGACAGUGGUGAGUUUAGUUAAAAUUUAUAAUUUUAAACGAUAUAAAGUUAACUAAUUUUAUCGAUUUAUAGUGAAAAUCAGAAAAUGUUCUAAAAUAUGGUAAAUACAAUGUUUGAUUCGGUUUAAUAUAAUAAUUUUAUGUUUGAUUAUGUAAUUUAUAUUUAUAUUAUUUAUAUACGACUCAAAUAUGACAAUGAAUUUGAGUUUCCCUGCCUUGUUGUAUAUACAUUCAAUUUAAAUAUAUUAUAAGUACAGCGUUAAAUUAUUAAACCUUGUGGACCUCAUUAAUUUACUACAUAUGCAGUCGGCAUAAUUUAAUACUACAUUGCAUAUAUAGACUACAUACUAAAUGAAUGUUCCCUAUGCCUAUAAAAUGACAGUUUCCAAACCAUGUGUUAGGUAUUGGGAUAUACAUUCACUUUGGUUUAGUAUUUACUACGAAAUGUUGAAAUGUUUUCAAUAUUUAUAUCAUCAAUUUAUCGUAGUCGAACUAUAUUAAUAAUCUUAAUAAGUAAUGUAUUGAUGCAUGACUAAAAAUAGAAGUGGUUUAAUAUUUUUUUUAUACUUUCCCUUCCCAGGGGGAUAUCACAAGAUAACAAAAAGGCUGCAUUCCGUGAAGCAUACAGCAAGUUAUAUGAACUCAGGUCAUUAGCACCAAAUGUUCCAGUGAUUGCCCUAACAGCUACAGCAACACAUUUGACUAAAGAAUGCAUAUUGAGACAGAGUAUUCUAUGCAUGGAUGACUGUUCUAAAAUUGAAGAGAGUCCAAAUAAGCUAAAUGUAUCAUAUGCUGUGGAGUGUAUGCACAAGGACACAGAGUUGGAGUUUUAUUUUACUUGGCUAGCUGGUGAGUUAAAGUCUAAAGAAAAGCAAUGUGAAAGGACUAUUAUAUACUGCCAGACAAUCAAGCAAUGUUCCAUUAUUAAAGGAAUUUUGGGGAACUACCGGUAUAUGUUUGCCAGAGAAGACAAGAGUGUUCUUAUGGAAAUGCUUCACUCCUGCACCCCAGAAGAUAACAAAAAAUAUAUCCUUGAAUCUUUUCAAAAUGUAAACGGAACAAUUCGAAUUUUAGUUGCAACUAUUGCUUUCGGCAUGGGUGUUGACUGUAAGGCAGUUCAUCGUGUCAUACAUUAUGGACCAUCAAAAACCAUCAAAGAAUAUGUACAGGAGAGUGGACGUGCUGGAAAGGAUGGGGUGCAUAGCAGGAAAUUCAUUUUAUAUCAUGGAAUUCUUCUAAAUCAUGUUGACAUGAACAUAAAAUCAUUUGUCGAAACUAAAGAUUGUAGGAGAAAAACUCUUCUGAAUCAUUUUGAAGCUGAUUGUAAAUUGCGACUUUAUCUGCAUCUUUGUUGUGACAACUGUGCAUCUAUUUGUGAAUGUGGACAAGCAGACUGUGGGCAGUAUACAAAAUACCCAAUCACUGAUUGUUACAAGGAUGUACUGUUUAGUGGGAGGAAACGAGAGGUUAGCAAUGAGCAAAAGAAGUUGAUUGAGAAUGCUUAG